AAGAAGUAAUAUGGGUUGGCAGAAGCCGGAGACCACCACCUCCCUCGUAAGAAACGAAACAAGAGCUCCGCGACCCCCGCCCCCACGGGCCAAGAAUCCACUCGCCAUCUCAUCUCAAGGUGCCAAAUCCCCCAUUAUCAGUACAUUACAUCCUCCAUUUCAAUCUCAUUAGCAUAACAAACCGCAAAAAGGGAAUGUGGGUGCCGGCCCUCAAGAACCUGACAUGGGCGGCCAUAAUAUUGGGACUUUCCAACACCGUAGUGGUCCUUCUUGGUGGUUUUCUUGUGAUUCUUGCUUACCCGUCUUGCGACCACCGAUAUGUUUUCCCGUUCGUAGCCGUCUCUUUUGCCGCGUGGGUUAGAAUUGUGGCAAUGGUUCCGAGCGGAAUCGCCCAAGAAGCCACAGCCAUGACCAUUCUCGAGUCUCCCUCCGAUAACUCUGCUGGCGUCGCCGACGCCGUCCUUCGCCUCGAGAGACGGAUGAGGUAUAAAAAAUGGCUCUGGUGGACCCGGUUUGCAACGGUAAUUACAGUGCUGCAAUUUGUUGGUGCAACUUAUCUUAUGUUCCAUACGGCUAAAUAUAUAUCUCAUCCUGGUACAUCAAGCAACUGUGUUUUAGGCAUUUUUUCAAAUGGUAGCUGGUGGAAGCAAAGAUUACUGGCUUUAUUUAUCAUCAUGGCAUGCCUUGUUGCACUAGUUCAGUGUUUUGCAGGAUCUGAUGUUGUCAACUGGAGGUCUUACUAUGCAACCAAAGAUAAUGCAUGGAAAGCUCACUACCUGGAAGUAUUUGAUAAUGGAAUGCGUGAGGCAUUGUGCUGCCUGGGACGUGUCAGAUACUUGAGUGUGCUGGAGGAAGAUGAAGUUUAUUCUGUGGCAAGAUUAUUGGGCGAUCUUGUUGCUUAUCGUGCAUCAGGAACUGGGCAUCUGGAACUCUUGGCAGGUCUAGCCUUAUUGCAGAGGCAUGGUCAGUCCCCAAGAUCAUUUGAAGACUCCAUGGAGGCACCUGAAGGACUGAUUCAGGAGGCUGCAGCUCUUCAUAAAUUUGCUGAAGCUGCCUACACGGGUCCACUACUAGAUUUUGGAAGAAAUCCUUUCUUAUUUCCUUGUGCAUGGCUUUACAGGCAGGGACUUUUAGCUCCCUGGGCCCGUAACAGGUGGCCCAUUCUCAAUGGUGAUAACUGGUGGCGAGGCCAUGCAGCUGCCUUUCUAAAACAUGUUAAUUUAACCUCAGAAGUACUUAGACAAGGGCGGGUUAACCAGGCCAAGUGUGAAGCCGCAUACUUCAUUGUGGUUCUGCAUCAUUUAAGAUCAGUCGUUGUUGCUGUAAGAGGAACUGAAACCCCUGAAGACCUCAUAACAGAUGGUUUAUGCAAGGAAUGCAUUCUUUCUGCAGAAGACUUGGAUGGACUGAUGAAUAGCAGUCAUGUUCACCCUGAUGUGAAACUCAGUGUGGAAUCAUCUUUCCCACACUAUGGGCACUCAGGUAUACUUGGGGCUGCACAAGAUCUAUUCAUGCAAAUUGAUGGGAAUCCUGGUGACUAUGAUGCAGAGUGUAAAUCAAGUGGCUUCCUUUCCUCAUUGCUUGGAGCUGGAUGUGAGUGUGAUGGGUAUGAUGUUCGCAUAGUGGGGCACUCCCUUGGAGGUGCAAUUGCUGCAUUGCUAGGAAUCAAACUUUAUCGUCGGUACAAAAAUUUACAUGUCUUUGCAUAUGGGCCCCUCCCAUGUGUGGAUGCAGUUGUAGCAGAUGCUUGUUCCGAAUUUGUGACAAGCAUUGUAUACGACAAUGAAUUUUCAGCCCGCCUUUCAGUUGGAUCUAUAUUGCGUCUUCGUGCAGCUGCAAUUACAGCACUGUCACAAGAUACCAAAACUGAUAAAGCCACAAUUUUCCGACUUGCACGCCAGUUUUUGAAUUUGAGUGAGCGUCAGAGAAGUGGGACUGAGGUAAACAAUCCUGCUUCAGAUCUUUAUUAUGGGGCCAUCACAGGUGAAGAUCUCAACCACCAAGUCUAUGAAAGUGAGUAUCUGAAUGAUUCUCAAGGGAGUGAGGGACAGUGCAGAGUCUUUCCGCUCUUGAAUGAGGCUGACAAGGAUAGUGUUAUUACAAUGGAUCAUAGCAAAUUCACCCAUCCUUUUGAAAGCAAUGUAGACACAUUUGACAAUCCCAUAUCUCAGUUUAUGGAAACCGUCCCAAGAUCUGAAAGUACGUCAGCUCGGGAUCCCCCAGAAAUGUAUCCACCAGGUCUUGUUAUUCAUAUUGUACCACAUAGAAGCUUGCCUAUGUCUAUGUGGAAAGCCUGCACUGUGCAACUUAGUGCACAAAAUUAUAAGGCUUACAUAGCGAGCAGAGAAAGCUUCAAAGAUAUUAUUGUAUCACCAUCUAUGUUUCUUGAUCAUCUCCCUUGGAGAUGUCGUUAUGCAAUGAAAAAUGUAUUGGAAGCUCGAAGUGCCCAAGGUAUACUUAAUGAAUCUUAUUCGGUGUGAGUGAGAUGCAUUUAUGUCAAUUCUAGUCUAUGAUGGUUCACACCUUACAUUUUGUUGUUUCCUUCUGCUGUUUCUGGAUCGUGUUGCAUGUCUGAAACUUGGGGGACUCCAGCUAAGAAUAAAAAGAGUCUCCUGUCUUUACUUGAUACUCAGCUACUGAAAAGCACCGAACAGAAAUCAUAAUAAUUGUCACAGUGGCUGUCUUCAGUAUUAAUCUAAUAUAAAUGAUCUUUCGCGUACCUUCA